AUUUCUUUUUCCAUACAAUAAAAGCGAGAUUCAACGGUGGGAUCGUCCCUCAUCUCUCGUCUCUGAUCUCUCCCGCACUCUCCUUGCAUCUUCCCCACCAACCAAACCAAACCAAACCAAACGAUCCAUGGAGUUCACUGCCCAGCAACUCGGCCAAUAUAAUGGCUCUGACCCAUCAAAGCCGAUAUACGUUGCACUUAAGGGCCGGGUCUUCGAUGUCACCACCGGUUCAUCCUUCUACGGCCCGGGCGGUGCGUACACCAUGUUUGCCGGCAAAGACGCCAGCCGAGCUCUGGCCAAGAUGAGCAAGAACGAAGAGGACAUUAUUUCCUCCCUUGAUGGCCUCUCCGAGAAGGAGAUUGGGGUUCUUAAUGACUGGGAGAAGAAGUUCGAAGCUAAGUACCCUGUUGUUGGCCGCGUCGUCUCUUAAAUUUCUUUGCUCUUAUACGCUUAUCUAUGCGCGUCUAUGCUUUUUUAUUGGUUACGAUGUCGUUUCCGGUCUUGAUUUCUAAUGGGUAUGAUGGAAAAUGGGACCUUUCCUGUUGCUGCCUUUGUGUUGGGGUCGUUGACGAUUAUGUGUGAUGUACAAAUUACCAGUAAUAAAUGUGGUUGUGCACUUCUUUGAUUGGAGAAUA